AUGGCGGACGCCGCAGUGAAGCGGUCUGAGGAGGAAAGUAACUUGCUUGAUUUCGACACGGCAGCAGUCGCCGCCGUUACGACGGAGGAGGGGGUUAUUGAGCCACUUCCAGAUUUUGUGGAGAAGGCACUGGUGAACUCGCGAGCCGUGUACGAUGCCAUGUACAAGCGGUCGCUCGAAGAGCCCGAGGCCUUCUGGUCCGAAGUCGCGAGUCACUUCCACUGGAACAAGAAAUGGGAGACAUUCCACUCGUACAAUUUCGACACGCGCAAGGGCCCAGUCGACAUCAAGUGGUUCGUCGGCGGCGAGACGAACCUGUGCUACAACGCCGUGGACCGCCACGUGUCGGCCGGCAAGGGCAACAAGGUGGCGCUGAUCUGGGAGGGCAACGACCUUGGCGUGCAGGGCCAGUGGACGUACUCUCAGCUGCUGUCGCAGGUGUGCAAGAUCGCUAAUUACCUGAAGAGCGUGGGUGUAAAGCGAGGCGACACGGUCAGCAUCUACCUCCCUAUGGUGCCAGAACUGCCAGCAGCGAUGCUGGCGUGCGCGCGCAUAGGCGCGGUGCACUCCGUGGUGUUCGCGGGGUUCAGCGCGGAGUCGCUGGCGGGGCGCCUCGUGGACUCGCGCAGCAAGGUGGUUCUCACCGCCACGGCCGUGCUGCGCGGCACCAAGCUCAUCGCGCUCAAGUCCAUUGUGGAUGACGCGAUCGCGCAGUGCCCCGACGACAACCGUCCGACGACGGUGCUCGUGUACGACAACAAGCUCGCCAUCUCCCGGGAGAAGGCGUCGUUCGUGGAGGGGCGGGACCACUGGUGGCAGGACGAGGUGGAGAAGCAGAGCGAAGUGUGCCCGGUGGAGUGGAUGGAGGCGGAGGAGCCGCUGUUCAUGCUGUACACAUCGGGCAGCACGGGCAAGCCCAAGGGCGUGCUGCACACCACGGCGGGCUACAUGCUGGGCGCCGCCACGUCCUUCAAGUACAUCUUCGACCACCAUGAUGACGACGUCUUCUGGUGCACGGCGGACUGCGGGUGGAUCACGGGGCACACGUACCUGACGUACGGCCCGCUGCUGAACGGCGCCACCGUGCUCGUGUUUGAGGGCGUGCCCACGCACCCCGACCCCGGACGCUGCUGGGACGUUGUUGACAAGUACAAGGUCACGGUGUUCUACACGGCUCCCACUGCCAUCCGCGCUCUCAUGCGAUGCGGCGACCAUUGGCCGGGCAAGUACAGUCUCACAUCGCUGCGUCUACUGGGGAGUGUGGGCGAGCCCAUCAACCCUGAAGCCUGGCGCUGGUACCACUCGGCUAUUGGCCGCGGGCGCUGCCCCAUUGCCGACACGUGGUGGCAGACAGAGACCGGCUCCAUCAUGAUCACUCCUCUGGCGGGUGCGUGGGCGCUCAAGCCAGGCAGUGCGACGCUGCCCUUCUUUGGAGUGGAGCCCGCAGUGCUGGACGAGAACGGCAACGAGCUCCAGGGCGCGUGCAGUGGGUUCUUGUGCAUCAAGCGCGCGUGGCCUAGCAUCAUGCGCACGGUCAAGGGCGACCAUGCACGCUUCGAGGAGGUCUACUUCUCCAUGUUCAAGGGCUACUACUUCACGGGUGACGGGUGCCGCAGGGAUGAGGACGGUUUCUACUGGGUGACAGGGCGAGUGGACGAUGUCAUCAACGUCAGUGGUCACCGCAUUGGAACGGCUGAGGUGGAGAGUGCACUUGUGGCGCACGAAAGCUGUGCUGAGGCGGCAGUGGUGGGGUAUGAGCACCCUAUCAAGGGUCAGGGUAUUUAUGCCUUCGUCACACUCAUGGAAGGGGUGGAGCAAACGGAGGAGGUGCGAACGGCUCUCAAGUCCGCUGUUCGCCAGGCCAUUGGAGCCUUUGCCACUCCUGACGUCAUCCAUUGGGCUCCUGGGCUGCCAAAAACGCGCUCUGGCAAGAUCAUGCGCCGGGUGCUUCGCAAAAUUGCUGCCAAUGACCUGGAGACCCUUGGCGAUAUAAGCACCCUUGCUGAUCCUUCAGUUGUGCAGCAGUUGAUCGAGUUGAGAGGAGUGUAG